UAAACCAAGGUCCCACCUAAAAUCCAACUUCCACAUUUUCAUUCUCCUACCUAAUUUCGUAAUUCCUCACUGUUAUUGAUUUCCGUAUCAGCCCGAACUUGAGCCCGACGGAGUUCUAAAUCCUCUUUGAAUUUGACCUGUUCGUAAUCGGGCCGACCCAAUUACCCCCACUUCAUUUUCCGCAGAUCUACUUUGAAUCAAUCAAAUUAGUUUCAUGAUUUGAUCGUUCGAAUUGUGUUUACGCGUUGGGGAAUUCUUUUGUGAAUUUUUUUUUUUGUAAUUAAUGGCGACGAGGAACCGGACAAUUUUGUAUAGAAGGUAUAGGGAUGCGUUGAAAAGCGUCAGGGUUCCGGCGGGUUCGUCUCCGUCGAGCUCCGGCGGCGGCGGAGGCGCUGUGAUCGAGCUGUCGACUACGUCUCUGCUUAACCCUAACCGAUCUUACGCUCCUUUAAGUACUGAAGAUCCAGGAACCUCCAGGGGUACAGUUGCAGUAGGUUUACCACCAGCAUGGGUGGAUGUAUCUGAAGAGUUAGCAGCUAAUAUACAACGUGCGAGGGGGAAGAUGGCCGAGUUAGCAAAGGCACAUGCCAAGGCUUUAAUGCCUUCAUUUGGAGAUGGUAAAGAAGAUCAACGGCAAAUUGAGGCACUUACACAUGAGAUAACUGAUCUUUUGAAAAAAUCUGAAAAAAGAUUACAAAGACUCUCUGCUGGUGGGCCUUCAGAGGAUUCAAAUAUCCGGAAAAAUGUCCAGAGGUCUUUAGCAACUGACCUUCAGACUCUCUCAAUGGAGCUACGUAGGAAGCAGUCCACAUAUUUGAAGCGGCUUCGGCAGCAGAAAGAGGGUCCUGAUGGUGUCGACUUGGAAAUGAACUUAAAAGGGAGCAAUUCUAGGACAGAGGACGAUGAUUUUGAUGACAUUGGAUUCAAUGAGCAUCAAAUGGCCAAACUAAAGAAAAGUGAGGCAUUCACCGCAGAAAGGGAGAGAGAAAUUCAACAGGUGGUGGAAUCAGUCAACGACCUCGCCCAAAUUAUGAAGGAUUUAUCGGUUUUGGUGAUUGAUCAGGGCACUAUUGUUGAUAGGAUCGAUUACAAUAUAACAAACGUUGCAGCUUCAGUUGAAGAUGGUCUAAAACAGCUUCAAAAGGCAGAGAGAAGUCAAAAACAAGGUGGCAUGGUUAUGUGCGCCACCGUUCUCGUAAUUAUGUGCUUUGUUAUGCUAAUUCUGUUAAUUUUGAAGGAGAUAAUCUUCUAAGAUAUGACCAUAGCAUUUCCUGAAAAGCGUCUGAUAUGGUUCUGACUUUCCGAGCCACUGUUCUACACUCGAUACAGAAUCGGAUUUCAUAGACAGUGAAAGAGUGGGAUUUCCCAGUUAUAUAUAUGCUCUCUUACUACAUGUUGAAAGUUCCAAUUUAUUCCUUCUCCAUUAUCGCUUUCUCCCUUUUACCAUUUUUUUUAGCAAGGAGGGAGCAUAAAUGCCUCAAUAGAAUGAAGAUUGCAGUUAGUAUAGUCUGGAGGAGGAUGCGGUAUUGAUUCUUGAUUUCUUUCUCCGGAAGUGUUUUUUUCUUUUUUUCUUUUUUCCGUUUGGAGGUGAAAUUGUGUUUGUAAGGAUUCAUUCUUGAAGUGGGAAACGAAAAACAUUGCUGCAACGGCAUUAUAGAGGUUGGUGUACAUGCAUUUGAAUAAUGAUUGGCAGUUGUAUUAUGUUACAUUUGGUGUAAUAUUCACCUCAUUCACGCA